GUAUGGAGAGAUCAAUUCUGUGUUGCUGCUUUAUAUGGCGGAGCAAGUGAAGACCACCACCUCUUCGCUCUGGAGGAAACUAGCAGCUUGUUACGAACUCCUCAAAGUCUUGGAAGAAUCCUCACUGGUCCUGAUGGCAACGUACUAUGUGACGUCAGACCAGCUGGACCAGAUCAAUCUGGGAUUCAUACAGCUGCAUCAGUUGUCCGCUUUGGACUACCUCGCAUCCACGCUGAUGUACUUGAAGGCUGAGAAGAUUCAGGAGGCAAUGAUUCUCGAAGAGGUUUAUGACUAUUAUAAAAAGUUGCCGUCGAGAAAUGAAAGCGAUCUGGACCCAGCAUCAGGGAAGUCUAACUUCUAUUUGUUGGAGUUAGAACUCUGUCAUGGAAAACUGUGUGAGGUGCAUAUCAACCUAUGGGGGAUAGCCAGAGAAGCAGUGCAUCGGGAGGUGUGGGUAUCUCGCCGUACCCUGGCCGUGGGUGUGGUCAUCCUGACAGCGGUACUCCUGGCUUCUCCUGUCCUAGUAUUGCUCGUCCGACAUACUGUGAAUACUAUUCAGACUUUCAGCCGCUCGGUGGAAGUGAGCACACAACAGCUGGUUACUGAGAAACAGAAGAGCGACCUGCUGCUUUCCCGGAUGCUUCCAUUGCCGGUGCUCCGACGGCUCCGAGCGCAAAGAACAGUCCCGGCUGAAGCCUUUGACGCUGUCACCAUAUUCUUCAGUGACAUAGUCGGCUUCACCACCAUAUCUGCCAACAGUACUCCUAUGGAAGUUAUCAAUAUGCUCAACAUGCUUUACAAAUUAUUUGACGGGAAAAUAAUGCAGUAUAAUGUCUACAAGGUGGAGACAAUCGGUGAUGCGUACAUGGUUGUUUCUGGUCUGCCUCAGAGAAAUGGAAAUCGUCACGCAUCUGAAAUAGCAGACAUGUCUUUAUCCCUAAUGAGGAGUUUGGAAGGAGCGACGGUGCCUCAUAGGCCAGAGGAGUCUCUGAGGAUCCGCGCAGGAGUUAACACGGGGCCGUGCGUGGCAGGGGUGGUCGGUACCACCAUGCCCCGAUACUGCCUCUUUGGGGACACUAUCAAUGUCGCGAGUAGGAUGGAAAGCACAGGAGAAGCUAUGAAGAUCCAUAUAUCAGACUCGACAAAACAAGCUUUGGACCAAAUCGGAGGAUACGAGGUUCAAUCCAGAGGUGUCAUUGAUGUAGCUGGUAAGGGACAAAUGGAGACAUUUUGGCUUCUGGGCAAAAUGGGGUGCUUCCAAAGCGAGAGUCCUCGGGGCCCGCGUCUGCAUGACUACGACCAAAACUUUAUGGAACUUCUCAUAAAGUCCUAAAUUAAAGAAGUUCGGCUUGGA